CAGUUUCUAUACCUCCCACACAAAACGGUGUCGAAUGGAGUGGGGAGGCAGCUUCACUCUCGCUGCUGUGAGGAGGUGAUAAAUUAUCCUCGCAAUUUUUUUUUAGCGAAAAGAGUUUGAAGAUAACGGCGGGGUGAAAGACAAAAUGCGACCGACACCAUUUUAAGCCGAGGCUUUGGGCGACUGGUGUGAACUGUACAGGUGACGUAAAACAUGGUACCAUGUGAAUGAUUGAGGAACAUGAAGCCUGCACACAAACUACUGUUUGUCCUGUGUCCCAUGCUGGUCUUGGGGUUCAUCUACUACUCUUCUUGGAAGCUCCAUUUGCACGUAUGGGGCCAGAAGCCACAAGAAUAUUUCAGCUCUGUAGUUCCAUAUAAUUCAAAUAAAGCUGUGGAGCCCACAGUAAAUAUCAUGCUUACUAGCCAUACUACCAAACACACUGUGAGCCAAGAGCCGGUGUUGGAGGGUGCUGUCUCCGGGGGACGAGUAGUAGGCUCAGGUACAGCCUCACUGCAAAGAGUGCACUCCGGUCAACACGAGAACCCCAGCAAUAAUUUUAGGAGGCCUGUGUUUGAUAAGCAAGGGUUCACGGCGAAUCUGGAUGCAAAGCUGCCUCCAGAUUUGGUGUACAAGUAUGGAAAUCUCAGUGAUGGAGCCUGCAAACCUGGAUAUGCUGCUGCCAAAAUGACUGCUAUCUAUCCAAAGUUUAGUAAGCCAGCUUCCAUGUUUCUGGACCGAAACUUUAAGCGGCUUGCAAAAGUUAGCAACUAUUUACCUCCAUUUGGAUUAAAAACGCAAGACAGAAUCAUAGAUGAUAUAUUAACUGCCACAAAGGUUUAUGGACUGGGUCCAAAUUUGGAUAGUUUGAGUUGUAAAAGAUGUAUAGUAGUAGGUAAUGGCGGCAUCCUUAGCAACAAGUCAUUGGGUUCCCGCAUCGAUGAAUAUGACGUUGUGGUGAGACUCAACGAGGCACCAGUGAGUGGUUACACCAGAGAUGUAGGUAGUAAGACCACCCUGAGGAUAACCUAUCCCGAGGGGGCCAUCCAAAAGCCUGAGCGCUAUGAGAAGGACUCCCUCUUUGUCUUCUCUGCUUUUAAACCUCUUGACUUUAAAUGGUUGAGGCAGAUGGUCUUCAAAGAGAAAUUGCAAAAAACUGACGGCUUCUGGAAGUCUGUAGCGCACAAGGUGCCCCGGGAACCCUCAGAGAUACGGAUCCUCAACCCUUACUUCAUACAGGAGGCCGCCUUCCAGUUUAUUGGCCUUCCACUGAACAAUGGCCUCAUGGGUAAAGGGAACAUUCCAACACUGGGCACCGUUGCCAUUACUAUGGCCCUGCAUAACUGUGACGAGGUUGCUGUUGCUGGAUUUGGCUAUGACAUGAACAAGCCUCACGCACCCUUGCACUACUACGAAACAGUCAAAAUGUCUGCCAUAAAAGAGUCAUGGACUCACAACAUCUCAAAGGAGAAGGAGUUUCUCCGCAAGUUGGUUAAGGCCAAAGUCAUCACAGACUUGACAAAUGGGAUUUGAACCUCCCAAGGUGGGUGCCUUUCCCAGAGGACUAGAUAAAGAAGAGUCCUGGUAGACCCAACAUGAAGACCAGAGGUGGGAGCUACGCCCCAGUUAAGAUGCACACGUGCCUUCUAACCGUCAGGCUUCCUCUGAGCGGGACACUGAAAGGUUCUUGAAUGUCUCAGGAGACAAUCCUUAUUCCUUGUCCUAUUUCCUUCACGAACGAAAGAUAUCAAAGACAAAAAUAGCGCUUGAGGAACAAGUUGCAACAUUAACUGAUUGUGCCAAAUGUACCUCUAUAGGAGGAGACGGCCCUCCUCUCCUGCCUGAAUGUAUUAACAGAGUAAAUAUCAAAGAUUUUUACGGUGAAUUUUAAUCAAAUGCUAUGGCCCCCGGGGUUCUGUGUUCACAAGUGAUUUUCCGUCCAGGUCACACAGGUGUGUGGGGGGGGGGGCAGGUCUUUAAUUCAGCCCUUGUCCUGAGCACAGGAGGCUCUUUCUCUCCUGAAUGUCAGGUUAUUGUGUUACAACUUCUUUUGUGUAGGAUAGGAGAAAAUUCUCUUCUCUUUAUUUAUUUUGGUACAGAGUUGAAAGCCUUUGUUUCUUAACCCCCUUCCAAAAUUGCUUGUGUUAUAUAUUCGCACCACAAUUCACAUAAGUAUAGAUGGGAGAGUGAGUUCUCUUUUAGACAAUCCUCAAAUCACCUGACUUUGUGGUACACUGCCAUGCUUUAUUCUGUCUCUGUACUUUUAGAGGCAGCAAUUUGAGAUAAUUACACUAAGCAGAAAUAUUUGUACUUUUUUUUUUAAGAUUUUUUUUUUAAUUAUUAUAGCAAGAUUUAUUUCAAAAAGCUAAUGAGUUUGUUUUGUACAUUUUUGCGAGGUACCGGUAAUUUUAAGGAGUGCUUGUUUCAGUGCUUGAUAAGUUCAUGAGAUGUGAGCUUUCAGAGAAAAGAUGCUACACUGCCCUUACUCAGACAUGGGUAGGGUGCUGGAAACAUACCAUUGCAUUAGCCAUCUUUGGUUUACAUAUUUCACUACAUAACAGAAAUCUUCCAGGUACUCGGCUCAACAUACGAAGCAGUCAUCAUCCUGCCUGAUUAAAAUGCAAAAAGAAAUAUACGGUACCUUUGAAAGAGUAAUUGUGCAAUUAUACUUUACAGUAAACCACCAAUCAGCAUUAUUAUGAUGUUAUUUUAAUUAAAAUUAAAUAAAGUAUUAUUGCUUAUAUAUAUGUAUAUACAGGUGAAACUCGAAAAAUUAG